AUGGCUGUGACUAUGACGACUGUCACUGCUGAGCAGACCGAUGCGCCUGCUGAAGCUGUUGAAUCUCAUCCUCCGCAGACGGGGCUCUUUAAGCACAUCUCGAAAGUGUUGCCUUACUUUCGCAAUCCCAGACAUGUUUUGAUACUCAAGCUUGACUGUCUUCUUCUCACAUGGACAUUCAUCGCUGGUAUUAUGAAGGAGAUGGAUCAGUCUGCAACUACACAAGCCUAUGUCUCUGGAAUGAGAGAGGCAUUGGGUCUAUACGGCAAUGAGUUGGUUAUGUUCAACACGUACUUUUCUAUUGGAUAUGCCAUUGGACUUGUCCCUGGACAAUUGGCUCAAACGAGGGUCCGGCCGUCUCUGUUUCUUCCUACCUGCGAGAUCAUCUGGGGACUCUUUGUGAUAGUCACCUGCAAAGCUCCAGACGCAACAACUAUCUACGCCCUUCGAUUCUUCCUCGGCCUCUUCUCAGCCGUCUUCUGGCCUAGUGUCGUCUCUCUAAUCUUCAACUGGUACACCCCCAAAGAACUCGCCUUCCGAAUUGCCUGCUUCAACGUCUCCGACGUCGCCGGAGCCAUGUUCCUCGGUGCCCUGCAAGCAGCGCUCUACCGCAAUCUCAACGGCGCCCACGGAAUAGCCGGCUGGCAAUGGCUCUUCAUCGUCUCGGGUGUUAUCACCAUCGCCCAGGGAAUCGUGGGCUUCUUCAUCAUCCCUGAUACACCAGCGUAUACGCGUGCCAAGUGGUUGACGGAGGAUGAAAAGAAAUUGUCAAGGGAACGCAUGGGAAGCUUUGGCGCCAAUACGUCCAAGCUGAUUCCUGCUUCUGUCCUGAAGCAAAAGCUUCGCAAGUUGAUUGUCCAUCCGAUUACUUACUUCUUUCUGCUUGCUUUUGCUAUGGAUGCCUGGGCGCACCGAGCCAACUCUUACUUUGUCCUUUAUAUCGAAAGUCUUAAGGACAGUGCUGGAAACCGUCUUUUCAGCACGUACCAAGUCAACAUUAUACCACUGGGUGGCUACGCCCUGCAGAUCUGUACGAAUCUGAUCCUCAACGGCCUUUCUGACUGGAAGCACUGGAGAUGGCAGAUCAGCUCUGGCUGUGCCUUCUUCUUCGGCGUCAUGCUGACAGUUCUCUGCGCAUGGCCAUCGGAUCACAAGGUCGUUAUGGGCUUCUACUUCAUGACAUAUGCUGCCAAUGCCGGAGGACCAGCUCUUAUGGCGUGGUUUGCCGAACUCAUGAGAAAGGAGCCUGAAGCAAGAGCAAUUGUCGUUGCGCUUACAGUCAUGAUCGUUUAUAUCGGCCACGCCACCAUCCCUCUUCGCGCAUUUAGAGUCGCCGAUGCACCACGAUAUCCAAUUGGAUUUCCACUUACCACUGCCUUCUCCUUUGGGUCGGUCUUUGUACAGCUUGGUAUGCUGUGGUGGUCGCGUAGGAAUACCCAACUUAUCGAUAAUGGAUAUGAAGGUACCAAGGAUGAAUCGAGGGUGUCUGACGAGGAAAGUUCUAGAAGUGUAGAAGGAGAUGGACUAAGUGUUGGUCAAGAGGAAGAUUCCUCGACAAAGGAAAAAAGUACCAACCCAGUAGUUUCAAAGGUUGAUGGAUGA